GUGGAUUAGGGGCAGCUGGACACUCCAGAACAAUGCUUGAGGCCAAGCACUAAGCAACAGUGAAAGAAAAUCUGGGGGAUCCUCGCAGAAAUGAGGAGUACUUUGGAAUGAAGGAGCACGUUUGUAACCCUUUGAGGUCAAUUGUCAAUGACUUUAUUGUCUCCGUGCAACAGAGGAGAAAGUCAAGACUUGACAAACAAGUAGCAGGAGGAGGUGACAGAGCUGGAAUGGAAAUGCAGCUUUUUAAGCUCUAAGAGCUAUUCCCUACUUUCGUUUGCCUCCCAUUUAGCUGAUCCAGGUACUAGACAAGUUGCAUAUCCCGUUCAAUCCAGGACCUAUCUCCAGACGUCCCCUCUUACAGGCGAGCGAGCGGCUCGGUGCAGGCAGGAGCCGUGCUGCCGGGCUGGGCUGCCCGGGGGAGAUGACUUCUCGCCAGGAGGGCGCCUCUGGGAAGAAGACCACGGAGGAAGCAAAGUUUCAGGGCAGCUGAGGAGCCUUCGCCGCAGCCCUUCCGAGCCCAAUCACCCCCCUGGCUAUGGAGGGCGGACUCUAAAAUGAAUCCCCAUCUGGACAGCGGCCACAACACAUCAGCACCUGCCCACUGGGGAGAGUUGAAAAAUGCCAACUUCACUGGCCCCAACCAGACCUCGAGCAACUCCACACUGCCCCAGCUGGACAUCACCAGGGCCAUCUCUGUGGGCCUGGUCCUGGGCACCUUCAUCCUCUUUGCCAUCGUGGGUAACAUCCUCGUCAUCUUGUCUGUGGCCUGCAACCGGCACCUGCGGACGCCCACCAACUACUUCAUCGUCAACCUGGCCAUCGCCGACCUGCUGCUGAGCUUCACCGUCCUGCCGUUCUCCGCUGCCCUGGAGGUGCUCGGCUACUGGGUGCUGGGGCGGAUCUUCUGUGACAUCUGGGCGGCCGUGGACGUCCUGUGCUGCACGGCCUCCAUUCUGAGCCUGUGCGCCAUCUCCAUCGAUCGCUACAUCGGGGUCCGCUACUCUCUGCAGUACCCCACGCUGGUCACCCGGAGGAAGGCCAUCUUGGCGCUCUUAAGUGUCUGGGUGUUGUCCACAGUCAUCUCCAUUGGGCCUCUCCUUGGGUGGAAGGAGCCUGCACCCAACGAUGACAAAGAAUGUGGGGUCACGGAAGAACCCUUCUACGCCCUGUUCUCCUCCCUGGGCUCCUUCUACAUCCCUUUGGCGGUCAUUCUGGUCAUGUACUGCCGCGUCUACAUCGUUGCCAAGAGGACCACCAAGAACCUGGAGGCGGGUGUCAUGAAGGAGAUGUCCAACUCCAAGGAGUUGACCCUGAGAAUCCACUCCAAGAACUUUCAUGAGGACACCCUCAGCAGUACCAAGGCCAAGGGCCACAACCCCCGGAGUUCCAUAGCUGUCAAACUUUUUAAGUUCUCCAGGGAAAAGAAAGCAGCCAAGACCUUGGGCAUUGUGGUCGGUAUGUUCAUCUUGUGUUGGCUCCCCUUCUUCAUUGCUCUACCACUUGGCUCCCUGUUCUCCACCCUGAAGCCCCCGGACGCCGUGUUCAAGGUGGUGUUCUGGCUGGGCUACUUCAACAGCUGCCUCAACCCCAUCAUCUACCCGUGCUCCAGCAAGGAGUUCAAGCGCGCCUUUGUGCGCAUCCUCGGGUGCCAGUGUCGCGGCCGCCGCCGCCGCCGCCGCCGUCGCCGCCGGGGC